AGGUGUCUAAAUAAUUUAGCUUUUGUGCUAUGACACUCUUGCAGCAUUAAAAAGACAGAAACACAACUGAAAUGGGAAGAGAGAUCUCCGCUGGAUUUGACAAAUGCCUCAAUAAGAGCCAACUAUUUCCCUCAUUUAUUCUCUGAUUUCAUGAUGUGUCAAGACAAAACAACCCUCCCCCCCCCCCCCACAACAAUUGUGAUAGAUUGGAGGUUUGGGGGUUCACGGCCAUGAGAUGGAACUCUGGCUUUAAGCCCCCGCCACCUCCCCUCUCUCAGGCAUCAAAGGCAAUCUUGGAAAUAGGCCCCGCAAAGCCAUCUCUCCGUUGGCUUCUUCAAAGGACAGGAAGUGUGUCAGAGGGACAGGCCUUCUUUCCCAGCAAAUUCAGGCGAGAUGCUAUAAUAACAAGCUCAUCUAUGUGUCUGUGGCAGACUAGUUCAAAGGGGAGCCCGAUUCCUCUUGGUACAACAUGUGAUGAUAGAUUCAGGAUGCAGAAACACUGUUUAGUGAAAAUCCAACUGGAGGGCUGCAUCAGGGACAUCUGUCCAGUGAAUAGACAUGUCCCCAAACUGUGAAAAAUCCUGCCCUGAAAAUUGGGGUCAGUUUGCUUUUUUAAUCUUAACUUUCCCCAGUAAUCAUCCCAACUCAGUUAUAGUUGCAUUUGUGACCUUUGGCUAUCAGCUACCUAACGGCAGAAUUUAUACAGGACCACAUUUGCAAGUGUUCGGCGCAUCAAACUCCUACACUGGCAUGUGCUCUUUAUGGCCCUGUAUCACCUGGUAUUUACAUCCAGCUCAGGUGAUCUGAUCCAAAGUGGACAGUUCUUAGUGCACCAGUGAACGCACCCAUUUGAGAUCUGAUCACAUGUGGCCACAUUCUUUUAGCUGUGUGAAGGACUGGGUACUAUACGGUCUUGAAGAAAGGUUAAAGGUAAAAAUGUAAAAUGCACACAUGCACACAUGCACACACGCACACAUACACACACGCACACAUACACACACACACACACACCAAUAAUAAUUUAGCAUAAGUGCUGUAUUUUCUCAUAUAUAUAGAUCUAUAUAUAUAUUUCAUAUUAAACACCACUGGAGAAUGAACCUUUUUUGGAGAAAAUAAUCAAGGAAACAUGUUACAAAUCUUAUCUAUCUGUUUCUACAAAUAUUAUUUGUUUCUAUGCAUAUUUUUUUCUCUCCCAAAACUGUAGAAUGACACAGGUGGAAAUAAUCUAAAUCUGGUUUCAUUAAUUUCCAACUCAUGGUGUUGAUUAGAAGAGUCAUGUGGUAUCCCUUAAAACAUUGCUAUCCCUACACUGCUGCUUUCUCACAGGAGGAUGCCCACUGUGUGUGUGUAUUACCGUCACACUGAGCUGCUGGCAGCCUGGCAAGAAAUGGCACAGUGGCUUCUGUCUUUUAUUAUAUAUUUGAAGACUUCAAAAGAAUCUUCGCCUGCUUUCAUCUGCUGCCUCAGUCCAAUAAGACCGUGAUUUUCUAAACCUCACUCCUGUGUCACAGACAGAUGCACGCUGACCAAGGAGCCCAGUGUGAUUUUUGUUCUUGCUGAUAUGGUUUUAUUCCAUGAACAACUUUGUAGAUCAAGAGGGGAGAUUAAAAAACAACCCCUGAUCCAACAGGGACUUAACUGUAAGGUGUCCUGCUCUAUUAAGGCUGUUCAUUCAUUCCAAAUCAUGGAAAAGCUGAGCUGUAGCUAAUGCUUUGUGAUUUAAAUGUUUUUUGUUUUGUUUUUUUUACAACUUCCAGGUUAUUUUCUUUGCUUAAAAAUAAAAUGUGACAGAGCACAGAUCUGGACUCCUGUGAGCUGAGCAGAGACCAGUCCUGUCCUGGGACCCCUGCAGCGACCCGGUCCUCAUUUUUGGGAAGCACCGACAAUAGUGCGGCGACGUUUUUACAGUCAGCAGCCGAGGUGUAAAUCAUCUCCAAGCGGCUGACAAAGGUUUCCUUUACGCCUCUCCUCCUCUUUGAAGAGGGGCAAGAACGGGGGGCUGCGUCAAGUCAGCUGGAAAAAAGUCCAGCCACCCCGGAAGUUGUUACAUGGAAUAUUCAGAAUAAUAAAGCUGAAAGGGAAAGGAAAUUGACAUCUCGUGGAGCUGCUAAACUAGUCUAAUCAAUCACACUGAGUCUAGUUUUUCAAAUGUAAACUUGCAGGCACAUAUUUACAUCUAUGUACAACGCGCACACGCACACAACAUUUGCAUGUGGCCACGUGUUAUCUUCAUUUUCAUCUGGUCUGCUCACGAGCGUCUCCCGAGGCGGCGGUUUUACACUGAAAGGGCUUGACCGGAAGUGGAGCGUUCCCCUGCGUGCGACUUGCCGGUGGCUCCGGAUCCGAGGCUGGUGUGGCUCUCCAGUCGUCACCGAGCGCCAGUCUGCUCUCACGGACGCUCCUCCGUCUGGAUACCGCAGCCUUGACUUUUUAGUCGCUUUUUUAAGAUCAUUUUCUUCUCGGGAAUAUAUUCAUCCGAUGGUUUUCCAACUACAACUCGAUGCAUAGAAAUGGGUAAACUGCACUCCAAGCAUGCCGCUAUUUGUAAACCGAGGGAGAGUCCAGAAGGCGACAGCUUUGUAGUCAACGCCUGCUUGGCGCGGAAGGGCAUCGACGACUGGCUCGUGAAGCAGAAGUACUACUGCACGAGCUCUCGCCUCGAGCGGCCGGGCUGUCACCACCACCACCACCAGGCGAGCUGCGGCUUCACCGCCCGGGACUCCAUGGACGAAGCAUGUGCUGAGGGGAUCAGUGAUGAACACUACCGCUUAGAAGUGGCUUUACCCCCGGAGAAGACAGACAGCUGCUGUGUGGAGGAGAAGAUGCAGGAGAGGGACGGCCAAUCCCCCGCAGGGCCACAGAAACAGCUCCAGUUUGAAGAGUUGGAGUGUGCUGUGUCUGUGGAGGAGGACAACAGACAGGAGUGGACCUUCACCCUCUACGACUUUGACAACAACGGCAAAGUUACCCGAGAGGACAUCACCAGCCUGCUCCACACCAUCUACGAGGUCGUGGACGCCUCCGUCAACCAUUCUCCCAGCAGCAGCAAGACGCUGCGCGUCAAGCUCUCGGUGGCCCCCGAUUCCAGCCAGCGGUGGAGGAGUUGUACGCAGGGUGUGGCAGACUUGUCCCACCCUAGAGAGAAAAAUGACAAGUGUAUAGAAGACCCCAAGAGUGCAGACAAGAAGACCCGUGCACUCCUAAGGCGCCACCACAGUGACCACCACACCCAGCCGGGCUGCCAGCGCCACUGUGUGGAUGAGAACCUGGAACGCAGGAACCACUACUUGGACCUGGCAGGCAUUGAAAACUACACAUCCCGCUUUGGAGCCGCUCCCGUCCCAGAGCCGACGAAGGCGGAGCCUCAGACCCGCUCAUCCAACCAGACUCGCUCCCGCUCCCAUGAACCGGAAAACGGCCACGCCCAUUCCCACCACCGCCGCCUGCAGACUGUUGUGGACGCCGUGGCUGCGGAAAGCCUCCACCCGCCCCGGCCGCGAGGCCAAGACUCGGGGAAACAUGCCCUCCGUUCUCCCAAGACCCACAGCCGCGCGCCCCCCGCACAAGUCAGCGGCAGGGUGAUGAGGAGCCGAGGCGUUCCCCCUCCCCCAACUCUACCGAGCCAGACGCCUCCACACCAGUCCACAGCCCCCUACCGCAAGCACAAGCAGCGGUCCAAGGAGAGCCAGGGCUACCGUGCCUUAGGCCCUCUGGUCUCGAGACCAGUGGUGGAGAAGGAGCAGGUGAGGGACCUGCCCAGCGUGCUGCUAUAUGAGGGGGGGCUGGCACAAGUGGUGCAGCGGCAUGAGCAUCACCACCACCAUGAACACCAUCACCACUAUCACCACUUUUAUCAGUCCUGAAUUUCCACACUUUCCGGUGACAGCUCAGCACUCCCGCAGCCCCACGAAAAAACCCCACCAGUCCUGCAGACACACGGACUGCAGCCGCCCUCCUCCUCAGUCACUGUGCCGUUAGCGCUCCAGUGGCUCUGUAGGCGACAUAGGACAAGGACAGUAGAGGAGGGUUGUGGGAGGGGCUGUCCAGUGCUGGGAUGUUGUUAACCAGUGUUAUGAAGAGGUUGGUCAGACAUACAGAAGCUCGGGUAUGCAGCAGGACUGAGGAUCACUGCUGGGGCUCGAGAGGAGGGAUGGGGGAACAGCUCAGAAGCCCCCCGCCCCGCCCCCCCCACCUCGUAUCCCACGACCCGAUAAACUCUACGGCUCCAGAACCAGCACCACAACCCUCCCAGACCACGAGGCCAAAAGGUUUUUUGAGGAACAGGGGGGACGACAGGAGGAAAGACUGGUGUAAAGAUGAAAACAUAUGAAGGAAUAUAGGUGAUAGGAAAGCAGGGCAUAGCGAGUGCGACUGUUGGUGUGUGCGCGUGUGAAACAUUGUGUAAAUGUGUGGCUGUAGCAAGAGCCUGUGUGCGAGUGUGUGAGUGUCACGACACUGGUGUCAGUCGAAAACCACUUGAAGUGCGCUCAUGGGUGCGUGAGUAUUUAAAGCAGGUUUUUGAAGAUGAAAAUGAAGAUUGUGAUCUAAGCACGCAUUACCCCGUAAGCAAGUUCAAUGGGAAGGAAGACGCUGAAAAUGUUAUGAAGUAAAAAAAACAAAAAACAAGAGAGAUCCCAAAUCCGCUGCUACCUCUAAUUUAAUCCUAAUUGUUGUUAUAACGGUGACUUUGACUGAACAUUCAGAGGCUAUUUUCAAGUAACUUUUUUUCAAAAGAAGAGGAAUUGUGUCGCAACCUGUAGUACUGCAGUGUCAAAAAGCUCCUUACUUUUACUAACUCACAUUAACUGUACAUAAGGUAUAUAUUGUUAUCAAUUUUACAAGCUUUAUUGAUAAUGUAAUAUCUUUGUAUUCGCUAUCCGAAGCUCCUGUUUGGUUUCCUACGCGACCGCAUUUUAUAAGACCACUAUGAGUCCCAUUCUCACGAGAAUAUGUACAACUGUGUUAUUAUUAUUAUUAUUAAGUCUCACACUCUCUCUGCUUCGACUGUCGUAACGUAACUGACCAAGUCAUUAUGGCAGAAUGAGUCAAAUCCCAACUCUCAACAGUGCUGUUGUUCAGUAUCACUCAGUUGUGUUCAUGGACCAGGAUAAAAACAGUAAUUAUUUUAAGGUACACGGCUGUAAGUUUGAAUACAUAUCAAAGAAUGUUACUGGAGUUCAAUUCCUGUAAGCUUAGCUGUAAUUCAAUGGCCUGCAUGCUUUUCAUAUAGACGUUACUAUAUUGGUCUUUUGUUAAGAUUAGUUAGAAAUAUCUUCAGCCUUAACCAAUUGAAAUACAUAUCACAUUAAAUUCCCUUGGCCAGGGCAGUGUUUGAACCAAAAGGGUUUUGUUUUAAUUUCAAUGUCCAAAACGUCAGCAGUUGAAUCACGUCAUCGGUCCCAUGGUACAUUUAAAAUGAAAAUUAGAAAAUGUCUGUAUCUGUGAGGUCAGAGCAGCAGAGAACACUCUAAAAAUGUCUUUAAACAUAUUUUGCAUAGGCAGAAACCUUGUUUCAUCCAGCCUGUCACAGAGGAUGUUGUAUUCAUCUAUCAGUAUGGACUGUGACCUUUUCCCCCCCCUCAACAGUUAUUUAUGUAGAGAAGUAGAAAUGUUGUGCAGCGUGUGCACGUAAACCUCCCCAGUGGCCGAGUGGCUCAAGAUCCAAGCAGUAAGUCAUAUUCACACCGGGCAAGUUGUCAUGUGCCACGGUUUACUUUUUUGGACUUAGGCCUUUCCGACUUUUCAAGCCAAUCACUUUCUUUAGCGGCUCUGUUGUCCAGCCCCUGGCCCGGGAUCACACGGCUCCUCCCUGUGUUUCCGCGGCAUCUUCCUGUCCCGCAGCUGUCAGCAGGUCCUUUCUUUGUGGUGCGGCGGGGCGACGGCCCUUUCAGCUGUCUCAUUCCUCUGGUGCUGGAUAACACUGGGCCCCCGGCCCGCAGUCUCCACCUCACCCAUAACUCACCACUGCUGCUCUCCUGCCAACGGGGGACCGACUGUCUGCUCAUCCUGUCCCACGAUGCUCUAUGCUGCGCUGCCAUGAACGAGCAGAUGUUGAUGGCACUAACAUGCAAAAAAAAACCCAACUGUGUUUUAACUGUCACAUCUGGUCCGUCAGAGUCAGCGAAGACUGUUUACUGGUUUUCCUACUGAUGCUCAAGUUCUUAUGCAGAACUUUCCUGUUUCUUUCCAGCGGAGCCUGUCUGCUGACCUGUCGGAGCAACGAGAGUUUAAGUGCCUCGCUCUAAGGUCGCCUCGUGAACACAGAGGGGAGGUGAUUUGAUGACGCCGUUAUCGUUGGCAGGCUUCAUUCCCAAACAAUCCAGUGUGUUUGACUGUAAUAGUCCACCAUAGGCAUGUGUUUAUGGGAUGAGCGAGAAUGCAGUGUAUGCCAGUCUCGUCCUCAUCGCUCAGUGUGCUCUCACAGCUGCGAGCUGUCCUGUAGGAGGGAGGCACCACUGAGGCGGGGUCCUCUCACGGGGACCCAGUGGUUAAGACGGCGUCGUUCCCCGAGGGGGGACCACAGCUGCGCUCCAUACCUCAGCUUCCGCACCUCACACCGCUUUUCCUGGACAAGCGUGGAGCUCCCUGCCCCCUCGUAAAACUGUGACUCCUUUCUAUAAUCUUGCACCUCAUCCAAAACGAUGCUGGUACCAAUGUGUGACUCUAAAUAUAAUCAGUGUGGAAAUGGUUGUGCAGGCGACUGUUUGUCCAGCAGGGAGGUCUGAUUCGACACGGUGAGGGCACCGAGGGCUUCUGAAGGAAUUGGGGUGAAAAAGCUCGGUCAGGUUACCUUUUUUUUUUUUUAAAUUUCUCUCUCCCAGGGUUUUACAGAACACACAAAACUCAUUUUUGUCACUCCCUGGCCUCACAUGCAUAGAAUUACCUGAAGACACACUAGAGCCUACCGACUACUCUCUAGAAAACGACAAAUGUACUUUGGCCACGAAGCACAGUCGCUGGAGCCACGAGGGAGGAUUUGCUUUGCUCAAGGGCACCUCAACAGCAUUUGUUCAGGGUUGGGAAAACCGUUCUUUUUCUGUUUAUUUAUCACACAGCCUUCUUUAGAGGGAGCAGACCUUUAAAAACCGUGAUCUUAAAACCCUCUCCUCUAACCCUCUCACUCCACCUUUUGUCAUAUUGUCAUAAUAUAUCAAUAUUUUGAGAGGGGUGAAAAAAACGUGCGGUUGUUCUUAUCAUUUCGUCAGCCAUCCCUCUAAUACUACCGGAGUUUGUUUCCCAGAUUAUAAUGUGAGAGCAGGUGUGGCUUUAAUAUUUGAAAUUAUCAACGUCUCCUUUAGGAACUAAUUUUUUUAUCAUGUCAUACAAACUGCCCUAGAUCCAUCACCUGUCCUGUAGUACAGGAUAUUCAGUAUCCAGAGCCUCAUCUCCAGGUUACUACAGUGUGUAUUGCUAAACUAAUAUCGAUGUAUCAACAUUGUUUUUAAAUCCAGUGUAUAUAGUGGACUACAGAACGGUUGAACCAGCAUAAUGUAGAAAGAAAAUAAGUCUUAUAUGUAACGAAUGACUGUCGAACUGUCUCACAUGCCUACUGUCAGCUAGUACUACUACUUAACACAGUAUCUGCCACGCCAAUCUGACUCGGCAGGGAGAAGUGAUUCUCUGCCUCUACCACAAGUUGUUUCUGUCUCCACACACGGACACACUCUCACUCGGUAUUUGUUGUAAAAGAACCUUGUUUAGCACUAGCUCUUCUUUCCCUUUCCCUCCUAAUGUUUUUGUUUUUUUCCCAUGACCUUGUUUAGUUUAUAUAGAUUGUAUUUGAUUAAUUGCUCUAUUUAUUUGAUAGCAGAUCUGUGCCAAGGGAAAUACCCUUUUAUUAAAGUAUGAACAUGUUCCUGAUAAACUAA